AUGGCAGCUAAAUUCGGUUUAACCAUCUUCGUGGUCUUGGUCGCCACCCAGGUCUUCCCCUCAUCCGGAUCAUGUAUCUACCCACCACCACCAUGCUCUCUUCCAGCACCAUGCGCACCCGGUGGAUACGUUAGUGGACCCGCCCAUGGACCUGUAUACCUUCCAGGACCCUCACCUGUAUACGUCGGAUCUGCUGGAGCUUCAGCUGCCGGAUCCGUAUAUUACCCAGGACCUGCCCCAUCCCCUGACUGUUCCGUGCCCCCAGUAUACCUUCCACCACCCAAAUUCCCCAAUCUCCCAACCAUCCACGCUCCAAACCCAUUGACCAUCCCUCUCCAAGUGCCUUCCGUAAUCCCCGUAGGAAAGGUCUGCGUAUGCAAGGCCAUCCAGAUCCAACCAUCUGUCAUCCCAGUACAAAAACCAGUAAGUCCAAAACCUCUUUACUUAGUAAAUACUUAA